UUUACUGUCUAUGCAUAGAACCCACCCAUUGUUGGAAUAUUCUCAAACCCCAUUGGCCAAUAUGUUAUGUCCCGCCCUUCUUCCCAAACGACUGAUCCCGCAAUGUGGAAAACACAGAUGAUCAUUGAUCCACAGAUCCUUAUAGAUGAGACAGAUCUGUAAGUGAAGUAACAAGAUGAGUGGAAAUCAUAAACGGAUAGAAAUGGACCUGGCUAUAGGAUCAUCAUCAAAGCCCUAUGGGUCAUCCAGGAGUAUUGUCAGAAGAAUUGCCACAAAUCUUCCCUUAGCACCCUGCCCUUGUGUCCAUUUUCAGCAGCUUCAUCCAUUUGCUGCAGGAGCGAGUUUCCUCAACAAUUCAAAUGGGCCAAAUGGACUUGUUGCCACACUUGCUGAUGUGGGCUGGAUUGACAGAGGAGAGAGCAAUGGUGCUGGCAGGAAUAGGUUUGUGGCAGAUUCUGGGUUGUUUUUUCGCACCCAGCAGUGCAGACCCCUGAGACGUCGGCGGUCAUUACCCAGCUUGCAUCAGGUUGAAUCUGCGCCACAGAGUCAGACGAUCAUCAACGAUGAAGCCAUUCAGAAGCUCAGUGCUCUGGAAACUGAGCUGUCCAAACUAAGAGCGCAAAUUGCACAGAUCGUUCAGGCACAGGAGCAAAGUGCACAAUCCACAGCUCCACCAAUGACUCCUGUUCCACCUCCACCACCUCCUCCGUGUCCUGCCCCUGGCACGCAGAGUAGCUAUUGUGCCAUUGACCUCAUCCGAGAGCGGCGUGGGAAAAAGGCAGAGCAGAAGACCGUACUGGACUCUGGACCUAAAAAGCCAGAUCUUCCCAACAUGCUAGACAUACUGAAAGACAUUGGGAAAGUGAAGCUGCGCUCAGUUAAGAGUCAUCAAGAGAAUAUGAAACAAAGACCUGUUGAGCCCACAGAUGCUGCAGCAUUAAUCGCAGAGGCCCUGAAACGCAAGUUCUCUCACCGCUACCGGAACGACAGCGAAUGUGAUGCCAACUUUAACUUGCCAGCCCCUGAGAAUAAGACUCAAGUAGAAACACCACUGUUUGGCCAACAUAUGUUAAAGUCAAAUGGAAGGAGGAAACUCUGCUAGGAUGGAGCUACUCAUCUGAGCAGGUUCAUGUAGUUAACCUGAUGACUUUUAAUUUUCAAUAAGCGGCUAACUUUUCUUGUUGGCCCUCAAAAUGUUAGUGUUUUUUAUGUGAGCAUGCAAAUGCCAAACACUAUGCAGUCGAUCUAGUUUCCCAAUUGAAUUUUGAUGUAAUUUGCACUUUGUAAAGUUAAUCUCUAUCAAUACAUCUUGUACCGCAGCCAGUUCCAUCAUUAAUGCCAGUUAUCUGGGAAAUGUGUUAUUUUUGUUUGGUUUCAUGUAUGAUUUUUAUAUGUGGAUUUAUCUGGAUCUGUUGAAGGUCAACAGUGCAAGUAUUCGACUUUGUUUGAUUCCUCAUAUUUGAAGGGAUAAUGUUCAAAACAAAAACACCAAAGUGUAUGGAUUGUUAUUUAUCAGUAAUAUUAUGUGUAUUUUAAAUACCU